AUGGCAUUACUUUAUUUAUCUACCAGGUCUAGUUUGAAAAAGACUGGUGCUAGAUGUUUAUCUUCAUCCAGUAUACUUUAUAGAGGACAGAAUUUGACCGAGAAGAUAGUUCAGAAAUAUGCAGUUGGAUUAGCAGAUGAUAAGAAAGUCUUCAGUGGGGACUAUGUUACCAUCAAACCAGCACACUGUAUGUCUCACGAUAAUUCAUGGCCGGUGGCUACCAAGUUUAUGGGACUUGGUGCAACUAACGUGCACGAUAACAGGCAAAUCGUGUGUACUUUAGAUCAUGACGUUCAAAACAAGUCAGAGAAGAACUUGGAAAAAUAUCACAAUAUCGAAAAUUUUGCCAAAGAACAGGGCAUUGAUUUCUACCCGGCAGGAAGAGGUAUCGGGCAUCAAAUUAUGAUAGAAGAAGGGUAUGCCUACCCAUUAAACUUGACUGUUGCAUCAGAUUCGCAUUCUAAUACAUACGGUGGUAUCGGUUCGUUGGGUACUCCAAUCGUGAGAACGGAUGCUGCUUCUAUUUGGGCUACAGGUCAAACAUGGUGGCAGAUACCUCCUGUUGCCAAGGUUGAAUUAGUGGGUCAGUUGCCAAAGGGUGCUACUGGUAAAGAUAUCAUCGUUGCAUUAUGUGGUAUUUUCAAUAAUGAUGAAGUGUUAAACCAUGCUAUCGAAUUCACUGGUGAAGGUGUGAAGAACUUGUCUGUUGAUUAUAGAUUAACCAUUGCUAAUAUGACCACUGAAUGGGGUGCUUUGUCUGGGCUAUUCCCGGUGGAUGAGACUUUAGUUAAUUUCUACGAUGAAAGAGUUAAGAAAUUACCUCAACCACAUCCAAGGGUUAAUGAAAACACCGUUAAGAAUUUGAGUGAAAACAAGGUAAACUCCGAUAAUGAUGCAGUGUACGCAAAGCACUUGGUUGUCGACUUAAGUUCGUUAUCACCAUACAUCUCAGGUCCAAACUCUGUUAAGGUUUCCACAUCGUUACAUGAUUUAUCCAAACAAAAUAUUAAGAUCAAUAAGGCGUACUUAGUUUCUUGUACAAAUUCAAGACUUAGUGAUAUCAAAGCCGCCGCUGACAUUAUUAAGGGCCAUAAAGUAGCCGAAGGGGUUGAAUUCUACGUCGCUGCUGCGUCUUCUAAUGUUCAAAAAGAUGCUGAAGCUAUUGGAGCAUGGCAAGACAUUAUUGACGCUGGUGCUAAACCAUUGCCAGCUGGUUGUGGGCCAUGUAUUGGUUUAGGAACUGGAUUAUUGGAAGAUGGAGAAGUUGGAAUUUCAGCCACUAACCGUAACUUUAAGGGUAGAAUGGGUUCUAAGGAUGCAUUAGCGUACCUUGCAUCACCAGAGGUUGUUGCUGCAUCAGCAGUCUUGGGUAAGAUUGGUGGUCCAGAAGAGUUACAAGGUAACCCUGUUCCUACGAAUCCUGAAAUUGUUAGAUCCAUAACAUCCAAUGAAUCUACUGAAACAGUCGACCCAGAUGCAUCUGGUAGCUCCGUUGACGUUUUAGAUGGCUUCCCUCAAUCCAUUGAAGGUGAAUUGAUCUUGUGUGAUGCCGACAACAUUAACACUGACGGUAUCUAUCCCGGUAAAUACACUUACCAAGAUGACAUUCCACGUUCCAAAAUGGCUGAGGUCUGUAUGGAAAACUACGACUCAGAAUUUAAACAAAAGACCAAGGCUGGUGACAUUAUUAUUUCCGGUUACAACUUCGGUACUGGUUCCUCAAGAGAACAAGCAGCCACAGCCAUCUUGGCAAGAGACAUGAAAUUGGUCGUUGCCGGAUCUUUUGGUAAUAUUUUCUCUAGAAAUUCUAUUAAUAAUGCAUUGUUAACAUUGGAAAUUCCUGCAUUGAUUAACAAAUUACGUGAAAAGUACGCACAAUCCAACGAAUUGACCAUCAGAACUGGCUGGUUCUUGAAAUGGGACGUCACCAAAAAUCAAGUCACCGUGUCUGAUUCCGAAGGCAACCUCAUUUUGACCCAGAAAGUUGGUGAAUUAGGUACCAAUUUGCAGGAUAUCAUCGUCAAGGGUGGUUUAGAAGGAUGGGUCAAGGCUCAGUUGAAAAACUAA